ACUCGCAUUGGUCGCGCGUCGUGCUCAGACAGGUUCAUACAUUCCUUUACCCAAUUUAUUCAACGGACACUCACUGCGUAGAGCCGCCUGCUUCUACUUCUGAAAACCCUAAUUCGCCGGUUCUCUCUCUGUCGAGGUAAAAAUUUCGUCCAAAUGAGAGGAAGGAGCUAUAGCCCAUCGCCACCAAGGGGCUAUGGUAGAAGGGGCCGCAGCCCUAGCCCUAGAGGACGUUAUGGUGGUGGUGGUCGCGGUGGUAGGGAUCUUCCUACUAGCCUCCUAGUGCGUAAUCUCCGCCAUGAUUGCAGGCCUGAAGACCUCCGCAGGCCUUUUGAACAAUUUGGUGCUCUCAAGGACAUUUACUUACCAAGGGAUUAUUAUACUGGGGAACCUCGUGGUUUUGGUUUUGUUCAAUAUUCAGAUCCUCAUGAUGCUGCUGAGGCAAAACAUCAUAUGGAUGGUAGGGUUCUCCUUGGUCGGGAAUUGACAGUUGUGUUUGCAGAGGAGAAUAGGAAGAAGCCAGCUGAUAUGAGGGCUAGGGAGCGAGGGAGGGGUCGAUUUCGUGAUCGAAGGAGAUCUCCACCACGUUAUUCUCGCUCUCCUCGCUAUUCUCAUUCCCCACCACCACGCAAUGCAAGAUCUCGGUCUAUCAGUCAUGAAUAUUAUUCCCCUCCUGGAAGACGCCAUUACUCAAGAUCUGUGUCACCACAAGAGAAGAGGUAUAGUCGAGAGAGGUCAUAUUCUCGUUCAAGGAGCCGCAGUAGAACUCCAAACAGGGGUCAAAGCCAGAGCCCAAGAAGCAGAAGUCGGAGUGCUAAUAGAAGCAGAAGUCGCAGCCCAAAUCACGAUGAAUACCCUAGGGAAUCAAAUGGGGUUAGGUCUCCUAGUCAGUAAGCUAAUGGGAAGGGACAACUGUAAUGUUACUUGUGUUCCGGAUCAUGUUCUUUGCAUUGAUGCGGGUGAUCUAGGUUUUGUUGUUUGUUGUUAUUAACUUCUAUAGGAUGCUCGUCUUUUGUUAUUGCAGUGAAUGCGUGGGAAGAAUUUGUUGGCUUAGCGAUAGUUAUUGUCAUAUAUUUUUGUCUAGCAGAAUCAGUUAAUAUUAAACUCUUGGUUGCUAUGUAAUUUUGUUGGGCGGUUUUAUGACGAUUUCUUUGCUGAAA